CACAAACGUUUUAGUAUUUUAUAUAAUGUAUUUAUAUAUGUAGUUGCUUUUAAUGAUUUACAUAUUCUGUAUAUAAGUCUACAUUGUCUGAUUAGUCUAACAAAGAAUGAUAAUUUCUUAAACCUGGAUUGCACACAGACAAGAACAAAGGAAUAUUCUAUGUUGUUAUCAGUUAUAAAAUAGGAGAAAUUUAUAUUAGGUUAAUAGUUUGCGUUAGAUUCAGUCUGAAGAUGAAAAAUAUGAUAUAUAAGAGGUAUAAUUGGUGAUGGAGUUGGUGUUGCCUAGUGCGUAUCAGGUGACCCAUCAUACCAUUCUCAUAUAUCGGACAUAAUAUCGCUUAUAUACAAGUGUAUACUGUCAGUGUGGAGUGGGAGUGAUGUAUAUGAGUGUAACUGUAGGGGGACAGUGGUAAUCUGUGGCAGUGGGUGGCAACUGACUAUCAUAGUGGCAGGUUUUUACUACAGUGGCGGCGGCUGUCUUGUUUAUUGUGAGAGGAACCCUGGGGUGGAGUGGCUGUCUCUCUCCAUCACUUCAACCUCAUCUCCCUCCUUCCAGGGGUAUGUAACCUGGGUGUUCUUCACCAUCACUACAUCUAGCUCCUCCCUCGGUGUGUGUGGCAGGACUAGGAACGCCUGUCAUGACCUAUGAAGCGAGGUAGACAUAGCUACAACACUUGUGUCGGGGGGACACGAGAGUUCCAACAUGGACGAAUGUAAAGCUUAAGCUCUAUAUCAGCGAGGACGGGCGUAGGUUGCUAGUGCUAGUGCUGCAGUGGUGGCAAGUGAUCCACUAGGGUGUAUAAAGUGGCAGGUUGUCACUACCACUUGGCAUAUAGGCAAGGGGAAUGGUUGUGCUAGCUAAGGAUAGCCUACCUAGCUGCCUCACCUCAUGGAUGAUGCCUCAGCAACCUCAGUCAGGAACCUCUUGGUAAAAAUCAACAUAUCUUGCAAAAUUACAAAGAAAAAUUAACUAACAUGAUUCAGUACAUCAGAAGCAACCUGUUCAUUUAGAGCAAAGCAGCAUUACGCCCAAUACAAACUCAGCACUAUAUAUCCAGGCAUGGAAUAUCUGGAAAAACAGAUGGGACGCGCAACUUUGACCACCCCAGAAAAUGCCAUGCCCAUAUGACAACAGGAAAAUGCAAGCUUCCUUCCUGUAAGCUUUUCCAUCCUGAAAUGUGUCACUCUAAAGUUCAGGAAAGACAAUGCUUUAACUUAUAUUGUCAGGCACAUCACCUCAAGGGAACAAGAAGAUACAGAACAUCCAGACCAUGGGAAAACCUGGGUAGCCACAGCCACUCCAAAGAGAGAGUUUUUUUUAGCACCAGGAAAGAAAAAAGCUGGCAGGAAAUGACAGAAAUCGUACACCAACUCUGAUAAUUUUUGGAGCGGAAUCAUAGUCAAUGGCCUCCACUCCAAAACAACAGAUACUAGUGCCAGGGAAAAAAAGACCCCCUCAUGCCACCAAUACGAUGACAUUCAUCUUUGCAAACAUACAGGGUCUAAAGCCCACAACGAACAACAAAAUACCUUUCAUUCAUGGACUGCUUCACAGAGACCCACAUAAAGGAUUACCUUGACAAUGAAAUAUAGAUUCUGGGUUAUAACCUAUACAGAUGUGACAGAGUGAACAUGCAACAGGGUGGGAGCUGGCCUGUACAUCAGUCACUGAUAUGCUCGGAACUACUAAAUGCCUCAAAUGAUGUAGUUGAAGUCUUGGCAGUAAAGUUCAAGAACCAAAACCUGGUCAUUGUGGUUGUAUACAAGCCUUUGAAAAUAGACCACUGUCUGGAAAAUCUUCCAGUUUCUGCCCCAAACAUCUUGCUUCUGGGGGAUUUCAAUCUAGGGCACCUAAAAUGGAGGAAUGUAGCAAAUAAUGCCAUAGCAGAGAUAAACCAAGGAGGCAGCUCAGAUGAAAAUUCACAUACACACUAGCCUUUAAAUCUCUGCACCAAAUUCACUUUAAACCAGCAAAUAUUAGAGCCAACAUGAUUGGAGAAUACACUGGACCUGAUCUUCACUAACAAUGAUGAUCUGAUAUGAAAUAUUACCAUAUCAAAGACAAUAUACUCAGAUACAACAUAAUAGAGGUUCAGACAUGUAUGCGCAGGGCUCCAGACCAACAAAAUGUGAUCAGUCACGAGGCAACCUUCACCAAAUUCAACUUCAGUAACAAAAACAUAAGGUGGGACCAAGUCAGUCAGGUCCUAAAUGAUAUAAACUGGGAAGAUAGCCUAAGCAACAUGGAUCCAAACCUACUUCUGGAACAAAUUAACUCUGUGGCACUUGACGUAUGCUCAAGGCAUAUUCCUUUAAGGAAAAGGAAGAGAAGAUGUAAACUAGAAAGAGAAAGGCGCACUCUAUACAGGUGAAGGCAAAGAAUAACAGAGUGUCUGAAAGAGGUCAAUAUGUCUGUAAUAUGAAGGAAGGCACUGGUAAGAGAAAUAGCAAACAUUGAACUAAAGCUAAAGGAAUCUUACAGGAGUCAAGAAAUGCGGGAAGAACUAAAAACCAUAAAUGAAAUUGAAAUAAACCCAAAAUAUUUCUUUUCUUAUGCUAAAUCAAAGUCAAGAGUGACAUCCGGUAUUGGGCCCCUACUUAGACAAGAUGGGUCCUACACAGAUGACAGCAAAGAAAUGAGUGAGCUACUCGAGUCCUAAUAUGACUCGGUUUUUAGCAAGCCGCUAACCAGACAGAGCCGAAGACCUAAAUUAAUUUUUUGUGAGUGAGACACAGAAUUUAGUAGACUCAAACCUAUUUGGUAUUAUCCUGUUGCCAAAUGACUUCGAAGAAGCGAUAAAUGACAUGCCCGUACACUCUGCCCCAGGCCCAGACUCAUGGAACUCCUUGUUCAUCAAGAACUGCAAUAAGCCCCUAUCGUGUGUUUUUAACAUCCUAUGGAGAGGGAGUAUGGACACAGAGGUUGUCUCACAGCUGCUAAAAACAACAGUAAAGUAAUAACAAAGAACUACAGACCGAUAGUGCAAACAUCCCAUAUCAUAAAAAUCUUUGAAGGGUUUUAAGAAGCAAGAUUGCCACCCAUCUAGAUACCUAACAGUUACACAACCCAGGGCAACAUGGGUUUAGAGCAGGUCGCUCCUGCCUGUUCCAACUACUGGACCACUAUGACAAGGUCCUGGAUGCUCUAGAAGACAGACAAAAUGCAGGAUGUAGUAUACACAGACUUUGCAAAAGCCUUUGACAAGUGUGACCAUGGUGUAAUAGCACACAAAAUGUGUGAUAGAGGAAUAACAGGAAAAGUUGGUACAUGGAUCUAUAAUUUCCUAACAAAUAGAACAGAGUAGUAGUAAACAGAGUAAAAUCUGAGGCAGCUACAGUGAAAAACUCUGCUCCACAAGGCACAAUACUUGUUUCCAUCCUGUUCCUCAUCUUCAUAUCUGACAUAGGGAUGUAAGCCACAGCACCAUGUCUUCUUUUGCAGAUGACACCCGAAUUUGCAUGACAGUGUCCUCCAUUGAAGACACUGCAAGACUCCAAGCGGACAUCAACCAAAUCUUUAAAUGGGCUGCAGAAAACAAUAUGAAGUUCAAUGAUGAGAAAUUUCAAUUACUCUGAUAUGGAAAACGUGAGGAAAUUAAUACUGUAUUGGAGUAUAAAACAAAUUUAAACUACACAGUAGAGCAAAAAACUAACAUAAAAGACCUGGGAGUGAUAAGGUCAGAGGAUCUCACCUUCAAAGACCACAACAUUGUAUCAGUCACAUCUGCUAGAAAAAUGACAGGAUGGAUAAUGAGAACCUUCAAAACCAGGGAUGUCAAGCCCAUGAUGACACUCUUCAGGUUGCUUGUUCUAUCUAAGCUGGGAUAUUGCUGCACACUAACAGCACCUUUAAAGGCAGGUAAAAUUGCAGACCUAGAAAAUGUACAGAGAACCUUCACGGCACAUAACUGUGAUAAAACACCUCAAUUACUGGGAACGCUUAAAGUUCGUCAAUCUGUACUUCCUGGAAUGCAGGCAGGAGAGAUACAUGUUUAUAUACACUUGGAAAAUCCUAGAGGGAUUAAUUAGUGCCAAACUUGCAUGCAAAAAUCACUCCCUAUGGAAAGCAAAAGACUUGGCAGGCAAUGCAACAUCCCCCCCAAUGAAAAGCAGGUGCCACUAGCACGAUAAGAGACAACACAGUGUCAGGGGCCCAAGACUGUUCAGCUGCAUCCCAGCAUACAUAAGGAGAAUUACCAGUAGACCCCUGGCUGUCUUCAGGAAGGCACUGGACAGGCACCUAAAGUCAGUACCUGACCAGCCGGGCUGUGGUUCGUACGUCAGGUUGCAAGCAGCCAACAGUAGCAGCCUGGUUGAUUAGGCCCUGAUCCACCAUGAGGCCUGGUCACAGACCGGGCCACGGGGGCAUUGACCCCCAAAAUCCUCUUCAGGUAUACUCCAGAUGCAAGAGAAGUGUCAUCUCUAAAAAAAAUAACACCACUCUAGAAGGCAAACACAAUGGCGGAUGAAUGUGUAGUUUGUGGUGAAGCUGUAGAGGGCAAACCCUUGUACAAGAAACUUGGCUCAGGCGAGUUUAAUGUUGAAGUGAUCACUGCUCUACAUGCCCUGCAGCUCACACGCAUCCCAGAAAGUGCGAAGAAUGAUAGCUAUAUCUGUUGGGACUGUGAUGAAAUAAUUGUUGGCGAGUACAGCAGGCACCUUGAGAAUGAGAAGACACUAAAAGAAGAGGAGGCCAAAAUAAAGCAAAUUAAAAAGCAACAUAGAGCUCAGCAAAGAAAAAAGCAACUAAGACAAACACAUAAGAAACAGAAAGACUUGGAAACAAGAAAGAGACAAAAUAUUUGGACUGUGCAACAGUCAGAAACUUGGCCAAAAUCAGUGAAGAGCAAGAGUACAAAACUUUCAAAGACGAAGCAGCUGGAGCAAAGGCGUGCAAGCAAUGCUCACCACAGCACACAUUGUGUUAUGUGUGAUAACAAUUUUGAAAGUGGUGACCGAGGCUACCAGCGUUUUCCCCUCAAAAAGAGAGUCAAUGACGAGUUUGAUAUUGCGCAGGUGAUGGAGCAAUUGGGUCUUGCUCGACAUAUUGAACCAAAGAUGAAAGGGAUUCGUUUUGUGUGCAAUCCCUGUUUUGUUAUUAUUCGGCGGAAUUACAAAAACAAGCUCAUGAAGGGCACGUCGGUUGAGGGGUCGUCUUCAGGUACUGUCCCAGUUGCAGCAACUUCUCGCAAUCCAAUUCACAGAGCUACAACUGAAGAACAUGCUGCAGAAAUUGCCAAACUUCUACCCCCUGCAUUGGCUGAGUGUUACAAGAUUUUAACCAGUGAUUGUAUGACCAAAAGAUUAGAAGAUCGUACCAGCAAGGUGGAAUCUGUACCUCAGAAUAAUAGAAAUAGUAAUGAGUGUGAUCCUAAUAGGAUAAUGCAUGACGACAGUAACAGUGAGCAAAAGGUCUUGUCUGUAAAUGAACCAGAAGGAUACAUGGAUGACAAUGGAGUUGAAACAGAAGCUGAAGACGAAGAUGGGGGAUUAAAUGUAUCGCAGGAUGAGCAUGGCAACUAUUUCAUAGACAUGGAUGCAAUGAGUUCACAAGGAUCGGAUGAUGAGGCAGUGGCGAGAGUUGACAAAAACAAAGAAUUAAUAGAAGAAAACUUGAAUGAAACUUUUGACACACCACGUAAAAAAAAGAAUGUCUUGUUGCCUAAAAGAUCUCAUCAUCACUUAGCUACAAACCGUAAUGACAAUCAGAGGCAAGUAGAAACACUAUCACCCAUAAAAGGUGAAGCCAAAACACCAGAAAAAGGAAAGAAUAGCCAGAAUGAAACUACAGCAACAGCUGAAGAGUUGACUCACACUGGCAUCUGUAACAUUUGUGGAAUAAGUUUCACUGGAAAACCUGAAGAUUGGUGGUACAUGCUUACCAGUCCAUUAUCUGGAUUUGAGAGUAUUACAGUCUCAAUGGCUCUGAAGCUACUGGAGACCUCGCUUGCCCAUUCUAAUAAGGAGGCAUGUGAUGCACGCCAAGUGUGCUUUCCAUGCUAUGGCAAAGUAUCUGCUGGUUUUCGGUCUCAAGUAAUACAGAGAAUUGCUCGGCAGAAGAAUAUUAAUGUUUCUCAAGUGAAUUUAUCAAAGGUAAAAGUUCGAAUGGUACCAAAGGAAGAUCUGAAAUCUGUUUAUGAAAACAUACCUAGUGAUACUGAGAAAACUGAGGAUACACAAGUAGUGAGCUGUGAAACCAAGAACGAGGAAACUGGAGAAUUUGAAAAGGAAAAUGUGAAAAUUAGCGAUAAAAAAGGUCGAAAGAGAAAAUGCAGUGAUGCAGAUGAAAUGAAAAGAAAAAGGAAAAUAAUUAAAACUUGUAAAAGAAAACUGAAUAAAACCAUCCAAGUAAAUAAUGAGGAUGAGGAUGAGGAAUUGGUAUGGGCAAAGAAAGAGAGAAGUAUGUGUCAGAAGGCUGUUUAUGUUACCAGAAGUCGCAGGAAAAUUAAAUUAAGCAAGAAGAUUGCAGAUGCAGAUGAUGAUGAUGAGGAUUAUGGUGACAGUUUUAGUGUCAUCGAUAAUGUCAAAGCUAAAUCAAGGCAAUAUCUGCCUGAAGAUACCUGCCAAAACAGAAUUACUACUAGACAGAGGAGUCGGUCUUGUUUGAGAGAUGAUAACAUGUGGAAUGAUAGUGGAGGUGAUGGUCCUACGUUGGGUAACUCUCCCAAAAAAUUGCGUGCUUCCAUAGGCACUAGAGGGAGGAAACCAAACAAAACUCCUCAGAAAUCCACAAAGCCCAAAGCUGUUGUUGUCCUUCAAGACUUGAAGUUUUUACUCCCUCAUGAAGCUUUUGGGGGAAAAGCUGUAUCAGCAGAGACAAUUGAAGAAAAUAUUUACGAGCAAGUUGACUCCUUCAGCCACUCUGUACCUGACAAAACUCAAAAUUGGACUAAAUCAAACUGCCAUCCAAGUCUUGGUCAGCCUGACCCAAGUGCAUAUUCUUCACCAUUACACUUCAUUUUUAAUUCAUUAUCUAAUUCUCUCCAGCCUGGAUAUUUACAUUCCAAUUCCACAUAUAAUUGUGCUCCAGAGACAGAACUCAAUGUUGAAAAUUCCAACAGUACAGAAAGUGAUUCAUGUAUAAAUGGCCGUUGUGUGGUGUGUGGCUGCAACUAUUCUGUCCAGAGGAAGUUUUGGCAUAAUAUUGAUGAAAACAUAAAGCCUCCAACAUUGAUUGUACCAUUACGAUGGGUGUGUCUCUCCCUCAGUGUGUCUCCUGUUCAACUCUCACAGCGGGAUCGUGAUGAAGGAAAGGUUUGCAAGCAUUGCUGUGUGCGGCUUGCAAAGCAAUUUGAAAAGUUUGUGAAAACAAAAAUUGGAGAAUCGUGUGGGAUGUUACCCAAAGAAGUUGACCUGUCAGAGUACUUGAUUACCUUCAACAGGAAUACAAUGAACAUUGAAGCAGACCCCAAGCAACUUGCUGAAUUGCGGGAACCUGAGGAGGCCGGCAAGCUGUUAAUGAAGAUUUUACCAGUGAUACAAAGCUUCAGCAUUGAUGAUGUUGUUGGCAAGAGUCACCGGCAGCCUCUUGACGUAAAAGAUUUCUCUAUCUGGUUGUUGUUAGUUCUGAAUGACUUGAGAGUUCAGACAGGGGCAGGCAUAGGGGACUUGGCAGAAUGGCUAAUUAGACUGAUGCCCACGGAAAUGUAUAAUAAGGGAUUGCGCCCUUGCCAGAGUAAUUUGGCCACGUUUAUUUUGAGCGUAACAAAAUCUUCAAAUGUAUUUACUGAAGACAGACUGAAUUCUGUAAUUCCACCAGGGGUAUUUAUUUUGGAUACCAAAACUCAAGAUGAAAUUAACGUUGGCAUAACAACAGAAAAAGAUAUGCAACAGCAUAACAAAGAUGAUGCAUCAGACAGGAUGGAGAAUGAUUCGAGUGAUAGGGCUGAAGCAAGCUGGGAGGAAUAUUUGACAUCGGUAAACAUUGAUGAAUUAAUGAAAGGUAAAGCUAAACCCUUAUCUGUAAAACAGUUUAAUAAUGGUGUUCUCUAUGCACUGUGGAGGGUUUCACGGAUGCUGGGAGAAGACGAUCGUGCUGUUGUAGACUGGCUGGGGCAAUUAUCGCCAUAUCCUAUGCAGAAAGAAGAGCUUGAAAAAGUUGUAACUUCUGCAGGCCCACUGCACAAUCACUUAGAAAAACAUCCUGAAGAUAUGUAUAAAUUGAAGGAAAUUAACAGUUUAGGAAAGCCUGGGCCAGAAAAAAAUAGUCUCAAGAGGAGAUGUUGGUCAUGGAAACGACCUCUUACUCUGUCAGACAAUACAGUGACUGUAAAUAGAAAGAAAAACCUCUCUCAAAAUCAAGCUCUUACAACUUCUGUAAGUUUUUCAUCUGAACAGGGGUACAAUGAGGAGAGCACCACUGAUAUAACUGGAGCAGUGUCAGAGAACUCUUCACUUUGUGCCAGUAGUGAUGAAAGUACCUCUCUCAAAGUUACAAAGGCGCUGGACAGCCUUCUACACUUGCCUAAAGUAUCUAAAAAUAGUGAAUUUGAAACCAACUGUAAUGAAGAUAUAGAAAAUCGCAUAGAGAAAAAGUGUGGCCAGGUGAAAAGGGAGGAAGCAAUUGUGACUUAUGGUCGUGAUUUUGAAGAUAAGCUGCAUAAUAGAAGCAGAAGGCAGAUGUUUAAAAGGAAACGACUUACCCGGAGUGUUGAUAACGUUAAAUCACAAUAUAAGAAAAUUAUUACAAUGAAAAAUGAAGAGCAAAAACAAUUGCAAGCAAAACUGAGCCAGCAGGUUGAUUUAAACGUUAACAACCCAGUUAUUGAUGAUAACAUGAAAAAUGAAUCUCACCAGAUAUCAAACAUGUUAGUCAUUAAGAUGCAGGAGCUGGAAAGAGAACUUGAUGAGAUGAAGAAACGUAACCAAGAAUUAAUUGAAGAUAAUCGGAUGUUAGUGUCCGUCUGUCUUGAUAACAGACAGGAUGCAAUGUUGAAUCAGUCAGAGUCGACUAGCAGAGAUAAAAACACAGUUGAUUUGCUUGCAGCCUCACACAUGAGUAAAAUAAGCUCCACUCCUCAUACAUCUUCAGAAGCGACUCCAUCUUCUUCAGGUUUGACUACAUGUAACUCUUCUGAGAAGCAUCCCCACCAAAAAUUUAUAUACAAGAAAAAGGGGAAUAUGUUUAAAAAGAAGUGUGUAAACAGACUUGAAAAUAAAAUUAAACUAAGAAGACAACGAGAUAAAGCACAUUUGCUUAAGACUCGAGCCAACAUAACAUCUGCAUGCAAAGAUUUAGAAAAUAAAUUAUUAAAAGAAAGGAUUUCACCUUCACUUGCAGAUAAGAGCACUAGAAAUGAGAAAAUUACCUCAUCUUCAGAUGAAGAGAAAGAGAGUAGACAAGAUGAGGAAACUGUUGCAUGUACAAAUAAAGAGGAUACGAGGAAAGGAAGUGAGAAAAUUAUCUCAUCUUCAGAUGUAGAGGAAAAGAGCAAAGGAAAUGAGAAAAUUGCUUUAUCUCCAAAUAAAGAGACAAAGAGUAGAGGGGAUGAGGAAACUGUUGUACAUGCAGAUAAAGAGGAUAAGAAAGGAAAUGAGAAAAUUAUUUCAUCUUCAGAUGAAGAGGAAAAGAGUAAAGGAAAUGAGAAAAUUGUCACAUCCACAAAUAAAGAAGAUAGGAGUAAAGAAAAUGAGAAAAUAGUUACACCUGUAAAUAAAGAGGAUAAGAAUAAAGACGAGAAAACAGUUGCAUCUGUAAAUAAAGACCACAGUAAAGGAGAUGAGGUACUACUUGUUGCAUCUGUAAAUAAAGAUCACAGUAAAGGAGAUGAGGUACUGGUUGCAUCUGUAAAUAAAGAUGGUAAGAAUAAAGGAAGCAGUAAAGAUGAGAAAAUGGUUGCAUCUGUAAAUAAAGAGGAUAAGGGGAAUGAGAAAAUCAUAGCAUCUGUAAAUAAAAAUGAUAAGGUUAAAGGAAAUGAGAAAAUGGUCAAAGAUUUGAAUAAAGAGGAUAAGAGUAAAGGAAAUGGGGUAGCUUUAACCACAAAUAAAGAGAAGAGUAAAGGAAAUGAGAAAACUGCCUCAUCCACAAAUAAAGAGGAAAAGAGUAAAGGAAAUGAGAAUAUAGUUUUAACCACAAAUAGAGAGAAGCGUAAAGAAAGUGAGAAAGCUGCCUCAGACACAGAUAAAGAGGAAAAGAGUAAAGGAAAUGAGAAUAUAGCUUUAACUACAAAUAAAGAGAAAAGUAAAGGUUGUGAGAAAACAGCUUUAACAACAAAUAAAGAGAAGAGUAAAGAUAGUGAGAGAACAGUUUUAACUACUAAUAAAGAGAAGUGUAAAAGUAGAGAGAGAACAGUUUUAGCCACAAAUAAAGAGGACAAGAGUGCAGGAAAUGAAAGAACAGCUUCAAGCACAAGCACAGAGCCCACAUAUGUGUUACCAAAAUCCUUACCAGAUGCAACUACAAAAAUGGCACCAGAGGACACUGUCAAUGAGUGUCAAGAUUCAGAACAUGGUAAGAAAAUAUGCAAACACAUAGCAAAUGAAAAAAGCAGAAAAUUGAACGAAAAGCAGCAGAAAAGCAGCAGCACCAAAAAAAUUCAACCCAAGGUAUUGGUAUCGGAAAAUAGUCCCGUGCCUUUCUUGAAAACCUUCAGCACAGACUUGGCACAGCCUGUCAACGCUCCGUCAAAAGCUGUAAGUACACACAAAGUUAUGCAGAAAGUAACAAAGUCACAAACGGGAUUCAAAAGUGAGGUAGGGAAAACGGAAAUUUCAGCUGUAGCUCAGAGUGAUAAAAAUAAGGCUGUUGAGAAAGUGCGUGGAUCCACUGAGAAGAAAACAAAGCCAAGGUUUGAAGAUUUAAUGAACUAUGAUGCUGGUGCAUUGAUUCCUCCAUAAUUUUUACUCAUCAUGUACAUAAUUUCCUGAUUAUACAAUCAAGUGGAGAAAGAACCAAUCUCAUUUUAAUUCAAGGAACUUUUGCAAUAUUACUAAGGGUCAGUUUUUAAUUUAUUUUUUAUCAGUAGGAGAACAAAUCACAAUACCAUGGCUGGAACAAAUCACAAAUAAUCCACAUUUAGUAGGAAAAACUUCAGAUAAUAUUUCUGUGUCCAGGACCAUUGUCAAUUCCAUGACAGUGGUGCAGAACAGACCGAAAUGUCUCAGGUUUCCUCUCCUGAGUGUGGGUAAUUUGUGAGCCUUUAUCAGUUACCUGGAAAACAACAUAGUCUUGGAAUGAGUGGAGAAGAGUGGUUUUUAUGGUUUGACGUACUGGCAUGUACACACAGGUUCGCAUACAUGCAUGCAUGCAUGCACAUACUGUUACACUCACAUGUACUCUCACUCACACAUGCUUACUCACUCACAUGCACACACACACAUGUAUGUACAGUGGAACCUCAAGUUUCAAACUUAAUCCGUUCGAGGAGCUAGUUCUAAAUUCGAAAAGUUUGAAAGGCGAAGCAAUAUUUCCCAUAAGAAAUAAUGGAAAUACAAUUAAUCUGUUCCAGAAAACCAAAAAUAUUCACAAAAAAAUACAUUUUAUAGAUAGUAUUACAUUAUAGUUUUACAUACACACAACAAAUAUAGUGUACAAUUAUUAAUAAAUUUAAAUAAACAUAUAAAAUAACAUUUUUACUUACCUUUAUUGAAGAUUGGUGAUGGCAUCUGGAAGAUAGGGAGGAGGAGGAGAGAAGGAGUUGGAGUUAGUGUUUGGAAGGGGAAUCCCCCUCCAUAAGGACUUUAGGUAUCAAAGCCCUCUCUGGGGCUACUUCCCUUCUCUGUCUUUUAAUGCCACUAGGACCAGCUUGAGAGUCACUGGACCCCUGUCUCACAAAAAACUUGAUCCACACCAGCAACAACUUCUCGACCUGAUCGAUUGUCUGUGGUCUUUUUUUGGUUAGCAUAUUAACAACUUUUGCAACAUCAGCUUCCUUGAUUUGUUCUUUCUUUGCCAGGAUAGAAGCGAUGGUCGAUUUGUUUUUCCCAUACAUCCUGGCAAGCUCAAGCCUUACACCACUCUCAUAACUCUGUAUUGUUUCCUUCACAUCUAUGGUGUUUCUCACUUUCUUUACCACAGGGGUACCACUAGCAAGUUUCUUUGGGCCCAUGGUAACUUAUUUCACAGUCCCACACGCACUAAACACAAUGAAUUAAUCGUAAAUUGGUUAAAUGAGACCGCAGGUUAGUGUUAACUCGAGCAUCAACAAAGCCAGACUGGCUCACGGCGCCUGCGCGGGAUGUGGACAGAGUGGGCUGGCGGACAGGUCCAGUACCCGGCAUUUCGAAAAUAGGGGCAAGUUCAAUAAUAGGGACAAAGUUGGUUCGAAAAAAACGGUCGAUUUUCGAAGAGUUCAAUAAGCGAUACGUUCGAAAUUUGAGGUUCUACUGUACAUAUAUUAUAAUUUUUAUUACCUUAUUGGCCAUCUCCCACCAAGGUAGUGUCCCUAAAGCAAGGAAACAAUAUUCACCACAUUCAUUCAAUCCCUGUCUUGCUAGAAAUGUGCAGACAUCACAGUUAUGUUGUCAAGCCUCUAGUCUAAGGUGUGGGUUCCACACUGGUGGAGCAUGCUCCCAUAUGGGCCUGAUAUAUGCUGUAUAGAGUCUGGAAUGACUUUAUGCUGAAAUUCCUGAAAGCUAUUCUUAGAUUUACCAGAUGAGCAUUGGGUGUAGAGGUUAUUCAGCUGAUGUGAUUCUCUAGUGAUAGACCAGGUAUUGUGCUCACCUAUAAUUCUUUCUCUUUAACCCUUUGAGGGUCGACAGGCCCUCUCUAAGACUCGUUCUCAGAGUCGGCCAAAUUUAAAAAAAAAAAAAAAUAACUUUCUCUUAUGAAAAGAUAAUCUUUUCCCGAUCAUAAUGACACCAAAAGUUUGAAAUUUGAUGGAAAACUUACGGAAUUAUGCUCUCGCAAAGUUAGCGGUCUCGGCGAUGUUUACGCAUCGGCGAUUUUGCCCACUUUGAGCCCCAUUUUCGGCCAAUUCCACUGUACUAGUCGAAAAAAAACAUGAAUACAGUGGACCCCCGCAUAACGAUCACCUCCGAAUGCGACCAAUUAUGUAAGUGUAUUUAUGUAAGUGUGUUUGUACGUGUAUGUUUGGGGGUCUGAAAUGGACUAAUCUACUUCACAAUAUUCCUUAUGGGAACAAAUUCGGUCAGUACUGGCACCUGAACAUACUUCUGGAGUGAAAAAAUAUCGUUAACCGGGGGUCCACUGUAUUUCGCUAGAACUCCAUUUUUUUCUAACGAAUGAGUGCAAGAAACCACCCAUUUAUCAAUUUCAACUAUCCAGUACAGUGGUCAGAAUUUAGCAAUUUUGCCAGUUUCACACAAAUUUUAAAAAAUGCCAAUUUCCGAAUAGGGUCCAGAAUAAACAAGAAAGACAUUCCUGGCACUAAAAUGACAUUUCCUCUGUUCAUUAGUCACGUCUCAAGGCCCCUCUUACAUUCUUCUGCUUUCCACUUUGAAUUUUUAUUCUCACAAAAAAUAGAAGAUUUACUGUUAUGCAGACUACUGCAUUAGUGUAAAAAAAAUGGUAUAAAUAAUAUUGGCGCACUUGCGAAAGAAUGUUAGACUCACCAGUUGAUGUGUAUUGGACGCUUGACAUGAUUUGUUUACUUUUGAACUUUGGUAAAAAUCGAACAUAUCUGCUACUUUGAGCUCAAUUUCAAGGUACUUUUUAUUGUAAAACCAGUCAAAAUCAUCUCAAUUUCCAUAAUAUGUCUUCCAUUCUAUAAAAUGAGACCAAGAAAACUAGAAUACAACAAUAAAUACCAUACGAAAAUACAGUGCAAAGUCGCUGUUUUAUUCCAAAAAAAUGGUCAAAGUUUUUUUUUCUCAUUAUGCACUGUGUGCUGCAGGAUUUUUUUUUAUACUGUGCACACUGAGCACAUAGACCCAUUCUUUCAUAUGUAGGCCUACCAGCUUUCUCCCACUAGAUUUGAGGGCGCUAGAAUUUAAGCGUACUAGUACGUCAAAAACCCUGGGUCGUAAGCUGUACUAGCUUAAGUGAGGUCUGCAGCAUCUAUUCACGGAAUCUAUACUUCAUGUCUAGCCUUCAUGCCCCUUUCUCAAUCUUCAUUACAUAGUGCCAGGUGUCCGUGGUCGUUUGGUAAAUCGACCACUGAAUCAGGAAUUUCGAUAGUUAUUCCAGCCCAUUAUACAACAUACAUCAGGUCCAUCUUUAGUAUGCUGCACCAGUAUGGCAACCGCAUCUGUAAAAGCAUGUUAAAAACAAGAGAAAGUGCAGCGAGAUGCUCAAGAAUUGAGGGGUAUCAGCUAUGAGGAGAGCCUAAUGGACUCUGAUCUAAUUACAUCGGAGGACAGUAGAAGCAGGGGAGACAAAAUGUAAAAUAUUCAGUGAAAUUGAUAGGGUAAACAGGGACAGGCUGUUUGAGAGGCAAGAAACAGGCACUCGGGAACACAUUUGGGAGCUUAAUGUACAUGAGCCACAGAGAUGUCAGAAAGCAUUUCUUCGGCUUCAGGGUGGUCAGGAAGUGGAAUGAUCUUGGUGAAAAAAUGGUGAAGACCAGCUCUAUACAUAGUUUUAAGAUCAGGUACAAUAGGGCUCAGGAGGCUAGGAGUGAAUCUGGUAGGUAGCAGGUCGAGAAGAAGGGUCAGGAUCUGAAGAUUGACUCCCUGCAUCCACAAAUAGGUGAGCACAAAUAAACAGGCACACUUCUUUUUCAGUAAGAAUUAAUAAAAUACUGUAAGUCAAUUGUCAUCUAGUGAAGUUUGUAUGGAUUCCAGUCCCAUUCUAAUGGAAGGUAUUAUUACAAGUGUACUUGUCAUGUGGAGCCUAAGGACUUUUUAUCAGUAAGGUCUGCAGGAUGAUUUCUCAUCUAGUAAGGUUUACAGGGUUUCUCCUUAUGACAGUCAGGAUGAGUAUUGCACAUUGUACAUGUGUGAUGCAGCCAGUGCACAAUAAUUGAAUGGUAUUCUUGUAUGAUGAGAUAAUUUUACAGUAUAAUGAAGAGCUAGUAAUUAAUUCCAUUUUGUUCUCUGCAGCUCUUUAUGUAGCAUGCGACACAUACUCUCUAUCAUAUUUCAGAAUAAUACCUGAGGAGGUAAGUGGAUUUUCCACAUUAGUAUCAUCUAGAGAGUUACAGCACAAACCUCUUAUAAUCAGUAUGUAGCCACAUUUGAACAUGCUUCUAAACAUUCAUGUCUUGUACAAAGUAUUUGAUGAUUGUGGCAUUCUUCAUGGGUCCAGCCACAUGAUGUGAGAUACUGCAUUACAGCUCAGUCACAUCCUGGGAUAGGAGGCUUAGAAGAUAUCUGCUAACAUUUAGUUUAGUUAGAAUAAUGUUUCAGAAUGUAGCCGUAUGACCUCUCUAUCACAGGUGAUAUUGUGUGCUUCCACUCCACAUUGCUGCUUUGAUUCUACAUCAUAUUGGAUAUCACAUUGGAGGGAGGGAGUAUGGAAGAAGUGAGUGUUUUCAGAUAUCUGGGAGUUGACUUGUCAGCUGAUGGGUUUAUGAAGGAUGAGGUUAACCAUAGAAUUGAUGAAGGAAAAAACGUGAGUGGUUUGUUAAGGUAUCUGUGGAAACAAAAAACAUUAUCCAUGAAGGCAAAGAAGGGAAUGUACGAGAGUAUAGUGGUACCAACACUAUGGGUUGUAAAUGCUGCAGCGUGGAGGCAGCUGGAGGCAGGGGAGAUGUCGUGUCUAAGACCAAUGUGCGGUGUAAAUAGUGUGCAGAGAAUUCGUAGUGUGGAAAUUAGGGGGAGGUGUGGAGUUACUAAAAGUAUUAGUUGAGGGGUUGUUGUGGUAGUUUGGUCAUUUAGAGAGAAUGAAACAGAGUAGAAUGACUUGAAGAGUGUAUAAAUCUGUAGAGGAAGGCAGGCGGGGUAGGGGUUGUCCUCGAAAAGGUUGAAGGGAGGGGGUAAAGGAGGUUUUGUGGGCAAGGGGCUUGGACUUCCAGCAAGCAUGCUUGAGUGUGUUAGUGAAUGGAGCAGGGUUAUAUUUUGUGAAGGGAUUCAGGGAAACUGGUUAGCCAGACUUGAGUCCUGGAAAUGGGAAGUACAAUGCCUGCACUUUAAAGGAGGGGUUUGGGAUAUUAACAGUUUCGAGGGACUUCUAAACUGUCGUAUCUGUGCGCCUCUGCAAAAAAAGUGAUUAUGUAUGGGGUAUGGUGAAAGUGUUGAAUGGUGGUGAAAGUAUUUUUCUUUCUUUUUGGGUUUUUCUUUCUUUUUGGGUCACCCUGCCUCGGUGGGAAACUGCCGAUGUGUUAAAAAAAAUAUAAAACAAAAAAUUCUAAUUAAAAUUACUUAUGUGAUGGGAUUUGCUUUGUUGCCUCUUGGUCAUAAUACUUAAUUAUCCAAAAUUGUUUUAGGUUUUACACAAGAUUAUAGUAUUUUGUCUAUUUUAUUACCAAAGUAUUAAAAAAUGAAUUGCCAAAUGAUAAUAGUUGUAAUAUUUAGAAGUUUGUGCUACUGUACAAACUUUAAGUAGCCAUCCAUCAUUAUUUCCUUCUUCCUUUAGUGGAGAGAUUGACCUCUUGGCACCUCUCCUUUCCCUUAUGAUAGGAUGCAAGGUUUUUUGUACUAAUGAAUGGUGGGUGGAAGGGUUAUUGUAUCCCUAUGCAAACAUUAGCAUUAUAAUAUCAAAUUUUGUAUCUGUAGUGUUUUUGAAUCAGCAAUUCCUUGAAUAACAUGUAAGGUAUGUUUAAACACAUUCAAACAUCAUUAUUGUCUUUUUUCCUUCAAAAAAAAAUUUUGGAGGAGGUAUUUAUAUGGGAUUUUAAAAAUAGGUCAUCAUUUUUUAUAAUAGUUAUUAUUUUUGCUUAUACAUAUUAUACUAUACAUAUCAGUCACAUAUUUUUUUUUAUAUACAGUUUAAUGCUUUUAGAGUGAAAGAAAUUAGUCAGGUUCCUUGUUUCUUCUGCCACUUUUUUUUUUUGUAGUGUUUGUUAUCCUUCAUAAUAAUAGACAAGCAACCAUGCACAUUAUCAUGUGUGCUUCAGCUUACUGUUCUUUGAGUAUAGUCAACCCCUCAAAUACUUAAACUAAUUCACUCUUUCUUGAGCAUGACCAACUCGGUAACUUUCGCAUGAAUACAGCCUCUCCUCACCUAGCGACUACUUGUUUACCGACGCCUCGGACUUAUGAUGGGCUCUCUGACCAGUAUUCAUACCUAAAUAAUGUAUAUUAGAGCUAAUUUCCUCUAUUCUAUUUAUUUCAGUAUACAGUACACUGCUGUAUAAACAUUUAAAAAUAUACCAGAAAUAUUAUAAAUGAUGCAAAGGUGACAUUAAAACAAUAUCAAAGAUGGUUGACAGAACUCCGUCGUUAAGUGAAUAGAGGCUGUACAGUGGAGCCUAGGUUUUCAUCAUUAAUUCGUUGCAGAAAGCCUGACGAAAACCGAAUUCGAUGAAAACUGAAGCAAUAUUUCCCAUAAGAAAUAAUAUAAAUAGAAUUAAUCUGUUCCAGACACCCAAAAGUAUUAACAAAAAAUAUAUUUUAUAGAGAAAACGAUGAGAAAUAAAUAUAAAGGACUAAUGAAAUGGAUCAAUGAACAUUUAAUAUCACUUUUACCUUUAUUGAAGACUCUUGUUGGCAUAUGGAAGAUGCGAGAAGGGGAGAGGGAGGAGGAGAGGUUAUUGGUUGGAAGGGAAAUCCCUCUCCAUAAGGACUUAGGUAUCAAGUCCCUAUCCAGGGUUACUUCUUUUCUUUGUCUUUUACUGGCACUGGACCCCUGUUGUGCAAAAAAUCUGUUCAGAGAGGUCUGUUUCUGGCAUCUCUUUAAGAUUUGCCUAACAUGGGACAGGGCAUUGUCAUUGAACAUGUUGCAGGGUGAUAUUUCUCCACAAAACUUUGCAACUCACUCAUGUUUGCACACACGUCCUUAAUCACUGAAGAAGGCACAUUAUCGCCUCUCUCUUCCUCCUCCUCCUCCUCCUCCUCCUCCUCCUCUGAAGCAAUUUCCUGGCUGCAUUCUGUUGCUGUUCAAGUUGAAGGUGUUGCAGUUCUUCAGUGGUUAGCUCUUCCCUGUGGUCGUCCACCAACUCUUCCACAUCCUGGCCACUCCCAUCCAACCUCUUGGACUUCCCCUAACCCACAAUAGAUUCCACAACAGGCAUAGGGCUAUCAGGGUCAGCCUCAAACCCUUCAAAAUCCUUCUCUUGGACAUAUUCUGGCCACAAUUGAAUUCUAUCGUGUUUCUAGCCUUUUUAUCAAAGGGCUGGCACUCGGAACUUUCUUUGGCCCCAUGGUGGCUUAUUUAGCAGUCAUAAUCAGUAAACAAGCACAAAAAGCAAUGGGUUAUUACGAAAUGUUUCGGAUGAACAUGCAGGGUAAUGCCCACUCGAUGAGAAACAGAGCAAGACCGACUCAGAACGCGUGGGAUGCUUUGUGUAGGCGCGGUCAGGCGGACAUGUUCGGUACAGUGGACUGACAAAAACUAAGGUGAUGAACAAUAACUGGGACAAAAUUUUGACAAAAAAAAGUCGUCGAAAACCGAAUUCAACGAAAACCAGGGCAAACAGAAACUGAGGUUCCACUGUAUUUUGAACAACAAUUUUUUUUAUUUACACAAACCUUAUUCACAAAUGUUUGGAAAGUUUUUACCACAGUAUAAUGCUGAACUCUAAGGAUAAGUUAUGCAGUAUUAAUAUAAUAAUAAGAAUAAAAAUGAUCGUGUAGGUUACACAGUUGCCAUUGUUUUGUAAGAUAAAAUUAGUCUAAUAAUAAGUUACACAUAAUUAACACAUGAAAAUAAGAUUAAUACAGCCACAGUAUAUAUUGCUUUUUAUAUUUUAAAACAAAUAUGUUUAAAAGUUACACACAAUUGAACUAAUAAAUCAUCAGUAGUGCACAUUGGGUUUAAUAUCAUAUUGAAUUUGAGGAAUGCUAUGUUUGAUUUUAACCUUUGCAGGGUCAGGACCCCUGAUCUGAGAAUUGCUCUCAGGUCGAAGAAUUUAAAAAAAUAUAUAUAUAUAUUUUUUUCUUAGGAAAUGAUAAUCGUUUUCUGAAAGGUAAUGAAACCAAAAGUAUGGAAUUUGAUGGAAAGCUUAUGGAAUUACACUCUUGCAUAUUUAGUGGUCUCGGUGAUAUUUACACAUUGGCGAUUUCACCCACUUUGAGUCCUAUUUAGGCCAAUUCCAUUGCCCAGUUGACCAAACUCAGCUAUUUUGCUAGUAUUCUUUCUAUUCUAUCAACUGAGUACAGGAAACCACCCAUUCAACUACCCAAUAAAGUGAUCAGAAAUCAGUUAUUUGGGAAUUUCACACAUUCUCGGCACUAAAAAACAUUUCCCCUGUUACGGUGGCCUGUGGCCUGGUGGCAAAAGCUCUCACUUCACAUGGUGAGGAUCCAGGUUCGAUUCCUAUCAAAGGGUGGAAAUACUGGCCAUGUUUCCUUACGCCAGUUGUCCGUAUUCAUCCAUCAGUAAAAUGGGUAUCUGGGUGUUAGUCAACUGGUGUGGGUCACAUCCUGGGACAAAAUUUACCUAAUUUGCCUGAAAUGCUCUACAUAACAAGCAGCUUUCUACACAGUAGUAUGUCAUUGAUGUCAGCUAGACCUGUAUACAGUGGACCCCCGCAUAACGAUCAGCUCCCAACUUGACCAAUUAUGUAAGUGUAUUUUUGUAAGUGCUUUUGUAGGUGUAUUUUUCGGGGUCUGAAACGGACUAAUCUAAUUCACAAUAUCUCUUAUGGGAACAAAUUCGGUCUAUAACGGCACCCAAACAGACUUCUGGGUUGAAAUAAUAUCGUUAUGCGGGGUUCCACUGUACCUUGUACAUGUAGAAAUAAAGAUAUUAUUAUGUACCCAGGCCUCUCCAAUAUUAUGCUUGGUUUCCAUUUUUUAUUUUUUUUACAAAAAAUAGAAGACUUACUGUUAGGCAGACUACUGCAUUUUUGUAAUAAUUGUAUGAAUAAUGUUGGUGCAUUUGUGAAUGAAUAUUAGACUGACCAGUUUGACACAUUGAACAAAUGAUGUUAUUUGUGUACUCUGGAACAUCAGCAAAAUUCGAACAUUUCCACAACUUUGAGCUCAAUUUCAGGCUACUUUGUCAUGAAACUAAUCAAAAUCAUCUCCAUGUAGAACAUAAGAACAUAAGAAAGAAGGAACACUGCAGCAAGGCAGGUCCAAUUCUCCUACUGGCUUAAGCCAGUGCCUUAACCUAGUCAGGUCAAUCAUGUUCACUUAAGAAAGGAGCAUAGCAUCUACCCUAGUAGCACAAGCUAGUCAGGUCUAACUCACACUCACUCAUGUACUUAUCUAACCUAUUUUUAAAACUACACAAUGUUUUAGCUUCUGUGACGGUACUCAAGAGUUUGUUCCAAAGUCACUGUUUUAAACCAAAAACACGGUCACAGCAUUUUUUCCUGUCAUGCACUGCUUGGGGCAGGAUUUUUUAUUAUAUGGUGCACAUUUACCAUAUAGACCUAUUCUCUCAUAUCUUGGCCCAAAUUUACCACUCACAGCUUAUCCGAGUGAACUGAGCUUAUCACGUAGUUCUGCACAGACUUAGAGUUCAAACCUGUAGUACUCCUCGGUGGGAGACGGCCGACGGCCGACUUGUUAAAAAAAAUAUAUAUGUGUGUGUGUGUGUGUAUAUAUAUAUAUAUAUAUUAUAUAUAUAUAUAUAUAUAUAUAUACAGUGGUCCCUCGAUUAUCGACGGUAAUCCGUUCCUGGAAGCCGGUCGAUUAUCGAAAUGGUCGAUUUAUGAAUCAAUUUUCCCCAUAAGAAAUAAUGUAAAUUCAAUUAAUCCGUUCCUGACACCCAGAAGUAUUAAAACAAAAAAAAUUUUUACAUGAAAUAUUCAUGUAGUACAUAAACAAUACAAUGGGAAAUGAUGAAUGAAACAUUAACAGCAUAACACUUACCUUUAUUGGAGAUUCUUCUUAGUGUAUGGGAGACUGGAGGAGGAGGAGGAGAG